AUGGCAGAUCCAGACUCUCAGGCUCCAGAACAGCAGGAACAGGCCCCGGUUGCCCCCCGAUCUCGCAGCUCCGACACUCCGUCCUCGGGCCUGGAGUUCCCGGCGGGAGGUCAGGAAACGCUGUCUGCCACGGAGCCGGGUCUCCACCCUGGGUCAGAGAGCCAUGCUGGCCCUGGAGGAGAAGAUGAGGAGGAGGAGGAGGAAGGAGAUGUGGGGAUGAUAACUCACCCCAGACCUCCUCAGGUCCCCCUUCAGAGAGACGCCAUGGCCAGAGGCCGCCGGCGAAUAGGAGGCCAGAACCCGAGAUCCACGAAUCACAUCACGUCUCCGGUGGCGGCUCCCUCUCCGACUGCUGGCACCGCAGCGUCUGGGAGGAGGACGGUGCUGCUGUCCAACGAGGCGAGGAGGGAGCUGGCCAAACAGGCCCGGGCCAUGAGGGACGAGAGGCGGGCGGCGCUGGACGCCCGACACAAAUACCUGAUCACCCGGCUGGCGGACGCCAGCAGUCUGGGAGAGCCGGAGGUGGAAGACGCCCUCGUCUCUGAUGACAAAUUCAGCCUGAUCGAUGAUUUCUUCAUUGCCAACGGCUCCAAGAAGCUCAUUUUCUUCUACCAGCCCUUCAACCAGAAUCUGCUGCCCAGUCGUUCUUCCUUCUCGGACGUGGCGAACUCUGUCGUUCCUCAGAGGAAACUCUUCCUCAGCACAGGAACCUCAGAGGCUUUAGUGGGGAAAUGUUUCUUCUUCCUGAGAACCACAGAGAAAGCCAUCACCACUGCCAACGUGCAGCAGGAGGUGAACUUCAGCGUGCUGGACAGCGGCGACGGCGGCGUUCUGAGCAGCCUGGAGAGUCUGCUGGCUGACGUCAUGUUACCGGCUCUCAGGUCCCAGCAGACGUGGGGCUGUGUGCAGGAGGGAGCAUCCUGUCCACACGUCCAGUCCUUCCUGUCCUCGGUGGACCAGUUCGUCAGUAACCUGGGCUCAAUCAGAGUCAGCAUGGAGAGAAAGUUCCGGCUGCAGCACGUGGAGCUGCCCGACGCCAUCCGGCAGCUGAGCACGCCCGCAGACUACACCGCCGCAGCCAAUAACAGCGAGCUGGUGGAGCAUCUGGAGGGCGUGGUCACCGCGUGGACCAGUCAGAUCAAGACGGUGCUGACGGAGAGCGAGCAGCUGAGGAGGGAGGCCGACGACGUGGGGCCGUCCGCCGAGCUGGAGCACUGGAAGAGGCGCAUGGUCACGUUCAACAGUCUGAUGGAGGAAGUGAAGCGUCCUCAGGUGAAAAGGACUCUGGGAGUUCUGCAGGUCGCCAGGUCUCGUAUCCUCCGCGCCUGGAGGGAACUGGACGGAGACAUCACUGUGGUGGCGAACGAGGCGAAGGACAACGUGAAGUAUCUUUACACCUUGGAGAAGUUCUUCACGCCUCUGGGAAAAUGCACUCCGACGGGCAUGCUGGAACACAUUCCCAGUCUGAUGAGCAGCAUCCGGAUGAUCCACACCGUCUCUCAGUACUACAACACCUCCGAGAGGAUGACCUCCCUGCUCCUCAAGGUCACCAACCAGAUGAUCACCACCUGCAGGCGCUACCUGCUGCAGGGGGUUGCUCGCAUCUGGGACCACAGACGGCCGGUUCUGCUGCAGCGGAUCUCCGAGUGCUGUAACCUGAAUGUGGAGUAUCAGAAGAGCUUUCAGAGCGUUCGAGAUAAACUGAGAGAAAACCCUGAAAACAGACAGCUUGACUUCAGUGAAAACUACAUCUUUGGGAAGUUUGAUGCUUUCUGCAGGCGUCUGGAGAAGAUUGCCGACAUGGCGUCUACGCUGGAGAGUCUGGAUGCUCUGCAGAACAUGAGGGUGGAGGGUGUGGAGAAGAUCUUUGUCCGCUACCAGACCAUCGUCUCCACGACCAAAUCGAAGACCUACGACAUCCUGGACCAUCGCAAGCUGGAGUUUGACAGCGACUAUUCAGACUUCCAGCUCCAGGUUGAGGGUUUGUUCCAGUCUCUCCGGUCUCUGCUGGACUUCUGGUUCUCUCAGUCAUUCUCUACGGAGCGGAUGCUGGAGCUGCUCUCGGUGUUUGAGUCUGGCCCGGCGGCUCGUCUGGAUUUGAAGCAGCACUACCUGCUGCUGCUGCAGCGUUACGGCAAAGAGCUGGAGGCCAUGAGGAAGACUUACCAGAAGCAGAGAGAAACGCCACCGAUUGGACGCGACCUGCCUCCGGUGGCGGGCCGAGUCCUGUGGAGUCGUCAGCUCUUCAGGAAGGUUGAAGCUCCCAUGUUGAUCCUGAAGAAAAAGCUGGAUGUUCUUAAGGGACCAGAAAUGACCAAAGUGAUCCACAGCUACAACAGGAUGGCCGUGGUGCUGCUGCACUACGAGCUGCUGCACAUUCAGGCGUGGAGUCAGGCGGCAGAGAGCGUCCCGCAGUGCCUGAGCGCCGCCCUGCUGGUCCGACAUGAAAACAGCAAGGAGCUCUUCAUAAAUCUGGAUCCAGUUGUGCUGGAAGUCCUGCAGGAAGCCCGCUGGAUGGCCAAACUGGGGGUGAUGGUGCCAAAUGUGGUCCAGAAGAUGACGUCCAGAGAGGCUCACAUCAAGGCCUUACACAGGCGGUUGCUGGAGCUCCUCCAGGACUUCAGCUCAGUGGUCUCCAGGAUCCCGCCGCUGCUCCGCCCCCUCAUGCAGCCUUUCAUUGGCCGUGUGGAGGCGUCGCUGUCUCCUGGACUCACCUCUCUGUCCUGGACGGCCCUCAACAUUGAUGGAUUCAUAAACUCAGUCUACGUAGCUUUGAAGGAACUGGACCAGGUGGGCAAAGUGGUCACCGACCUGCUGGACUGCCGCAUCGGCCGGCAGCUGCAGGCCACGUCGUCCUGUCGUCUCCUGGUCCUUCCAGAGGACUCGCCAACGUCCCCUCAGGACCUCCUGCUGCAGACCGACAGCUCUGUCCAAGCAGCUGCUGUCUCCCUGAAGUGGCAGAGUCAGCAGGUGGAGAAAUUCACGUUUGAGCUGAUCGAGGAGCUGAAGAGGAAGAUGAAAACCACAGAGACCGUUAAUCUGGAGGUGGGAAAAUGUCUCCAUCCAGACUCCAAGCAGAAGACUCGCUGUCAGUCUUGUCUUCCGUGUCGUUUCUACAACCUGAUCGGUCAGCUGUGUCAUCGCAACACUGAAGCUAUGGUGACAGCCACUAAAUUCUCUCUGGAUGCCCUGCGGAGACGACUUCAUGUCGUCAGACAUCAGCUGCCCUCCUCUUCCUCCUCCCACAGCAGCAACCUGUCAGAUCCUCCUGCUCUCUUCAGAGCCUCGAUCCAGCUCGCCAUCCCAAACAUCGUCCUCAAACCCAGUCUGGAGGACAUCCAGAGCACAGUGAAUAAGAUGGUGAAUUCUGUGCUGUCUGCUACUAAAGACGUCCCCCUGUGGACCUACGCACAUCUGCAGUACAAACAGCUGCAGGUGGAGCAGGCGGCGGUCCGUGAUGCAGGCGACGACACCCCGGUGAAGCCUCUGGUGCUGCGUCCUCUAGACCGACAGCUGGCCGAACACAAAGACAUCGCCAAGUCAGUCUCGUUGACCAUCCAGCUCGGCUCGAUCGUCUCGUCCCUGAAAUCUCAGGCUGUCGACACUCUGAACCAACUCGCUCACUUCUCUGCUCUGUGGAACCAGGAUCCAGAGGAGCAGGUUCAGGCCUUCCUGCAGUCCGACCCGUCGCUGACUGAGUUCAGCGCUCAGAUCUCUUUUUAUUCUAAGCUGGAGGAGCAGAUUUCGGAGCUGCCGGCCUUUUACGCCGUGGGCUCCAUCGUGUUUGAAACCGACGAGCUGAAGCUGUCGCUCACUCAGGAGUGUCGCCUGUGGAAACGAGCGUUCGGCGCCGCUCUGAACCGCCGCGCCUCCACCGACAUGAACGACAUCCUGGCGUUCAUGGACGGGCUGACCAAGCGUCUGCAGCGUCCAAUCACAGACCUGGAAGACGUCAGGUCGGCCAUGGCAGCGCUCAGAGAGGUUCGGGAGGCGGAGGUUCGUAUUGACGCCACCAUCGGUCCGGUGGAGGAAUCCUUCGCCCUGCUCAACAGACACGAGCUGAUCUUCAAUGACGGGAACGCCGAGCGUGUCGACGGCCUGUCGUACGGAUGGAAAACCCUCAGCGCUCUGGUGGUGCAGAACCAGAACACGCUGGUGAAGAUUCAGCCCGUCAUGAAGGCCGACCUGCUGUCCGCUGUGCGGAGCUUCCAGACUCACGUUCAGAACUUCUACACCAACUACGACCUCAGAGGUCCUGGUGUGGAAGGCGUAGCUCCGGCCGAAGCCAGUGAGCGGCUGCAGAGCUUCCAGGCUGAGUUCGAUCAGCUGUGGAGGAACUACAUCACCUACUCUGGAGGGGAGGAGCUGUUCGGACUUACAGUUAACGAAUAUCCGGAGCUGCAAAGGAUCAAGCGGGAGCUCUCUCUGCUCUCGAAGCUCUACAGCCUCUAUAACUCGGUCAUCGACAGCGUGACGGGGUACUACGACAUCCUGUGGGCUGAUCUCAACAUCGAGAAGAUCAACACGGAGCUGCAGGACUUCCAGAACAGGAUCAGGAAACUCCCGAAGGCGCUGAAAGAGUGGCAGGCCUUCAGAGAUCUGAAGAAGACCAUUGACGACUUCACAGAAACCUGUCCUCUCCUCUACAUGAUGGCCAACAAGGCCAUGCUGAAAAGACACUGGACUCGUCUCAGUGACCUGACGGGUCACAGCUUCCAGGUGGAAUCGGACAGUUUCUCCCUCAGAAACAUCAUGGAGGCUCCUCUGCUGAAGAACAAAGAAGACAUCGAGGACGUCUGCAUCAGCGCGGUGAAGGAGCGCGACAUCGAGGCCAAGCUGAAGGACGUGGUGGCCGAGUGGAGCGGCCAGACGCUCAGCUUCGCCUCCUUCAGGACCCGAGGGGAGCUGCUGCUGAGAGGAGCCGAGACGGCCGAGAAAAUCUCCGCCAUGGAGGACAGCCUGAUGGUCCUGACGUCACUGCUGAGCAACAGGUACAACGCUCCGUUCAAGCCCUCCAUCCAGCUGUGGGUGCAGAAACUCUCCAACACCUCAGAGAUCAUCGAGAAGUGGCUGUCGGUGCAGAACCUGUGGAUCUACCUGGAGGCCGUGUUCGUGGGCGGAGACAUCGCCAAGCAGCUGCCGCAGGAGGCCAAACGUUUCCAGAACAUCGACAAGUCGUGGCAGAGGAUCAUGCAGCGAGCGCACGAGAUUCCCAACGUGGUGCAGUGCUGCGUGGGAGACGAGACGCUCAGCCAGCUGCUGCCUCACCUGCUGGAGCAGCUGGAGCUCUGCCAGAAGUCUCUGUCCGGUUACCUGGAGAAGAAACGCCUGGUGUUCCCUCGUUUCUUCUUCGUGUCCGACCCCGCGCUGCUGGAGAUCCUGGGCCAGGCCUCAGACUCACACACCAUACAGGCUCAUCUCCUCAGCCUGUUCGACAACGUCAACCGGGUCGUUUUCAAUGAGAAAGUCUACGACCAGAUGAUGAGUUUUCAGUCUCAGGAAGGAGAAACAGUGGCGCUCAGCCAGCCAGUCAUGGCACAGGGGAACGUGGAGGUGUGGUUGGGCCAGCUGCUGGCCGGAGUGAGGCAGACGCUCCACUCCAUCAUCCGUCAGGCCUACUUGGCCAUCAGCGACCCCGGCAUGAAGCUGCUGGAGUUCCAGUCGGCCUUUCCGGCUCAGGUCGGCCUGCUGGGAAUCCAGAUGAUCUGGACCAGAGAUGCAGAGGACGCCUUGGUCCUCAGCAAGUCUGACAAGAAGAUCAUGCAGACGACCAAUCAGAAGUUCCUGGAUCUCCUCAACGAGCUGAUCGACAUGACGACCAGGGAGCUGAGCAGGAACGAGAGGACCAAGUACGAGACGCUCAUCACCAUCCACGUCCACCAGAGGGACAUCUUCGACGACCUGGUGCGUCUCAACGUGCGAUCGGCCUCAGACUUUGAGUGGCAGAAGCAGUCGAGGUUCUACUUCCUGGAGGACGCGGACAGGUGCGUCAUCCAGAUCACAGACGUGGAGUUCGGCUACUGCAACGAGUACCUGGGCUGCACCGACAGGCUGGUCAUCACGCCGCUCACAGACAGGUGUUACAUCACCCUGUCGCAGGCUCUGGGGAUGAGUAUGGGCGGAGCUCCGGCCGGUCCUGCAGGAACAGGUAAAACAGAGACCACCAAAGACAUGGGCCGCUGUCUGGGGAAGUAUGUGGUCGUGUUCAAUUGUUCGGACCAGAUGGACUACAGAGGACUCGGGCGCAUUUAUAAAGGUUUGGCUCAGUCCGGCGCCUGGGGCUGCUUCGAUGAGUUCAACCGCAUCGAGCUGCCGGUGCUCUCUGUCGCCGCCCAGCAGAUUUACAUCGUCCUGCAGUGUAAGAAGAACAAGAAGAAGCAGUUCAUCUUCACCGACGGAGACGUGGUCGACAUGGACCCCGAGUUCGGCAUCUUCCUCACCAUGAACCCCGGGUACGCCGGCCGACAGGAGCUGCCCGAGAACCUGAAGAUUCAGUUCCGCACGGUGGCCAUGAUGGUCCCGGACCGAGCCAUCAUCAUGAGGGUCAAACUGGCCAGCGCGGGUUUCCGUGACAACCAGGUCCUCAGCAGGAAGUUCUACACGCUCUAUAAGCUCUGCGAGGAGCAGCUUUCCAAACAGGUCCAUUAUGAUUUUGGUUUGAGGAACAUUUUGUCCGUCUUGAGGACGCUGGGAGCUGUGAAGAGAUCGAACCCGUCUGAACCGGAGAAGACGGUGGUGAUGAGAGUCCUGAGGGACAUGAACCUCUCCAAACUGGUGGACGAGGACGAGCCUCUCUUCAUGAGUCUCAUCAACGAUCUGUUUCCAGGCAUCGUUCUGGAUAAAGCCGGGUAUCCAGACUUGGAGGCGUCCAUCUCCAGUCAGGCUCAGCAAGCCGGCCUCAUUCCUCACCCGCCCUGGAUCCUCAAACUGGUUCAACUCUACGAGACACAGAGAGUCCGACAUGGCAUGAUGACGUUGGGCCCCAGCGGCGCCGGGAAGACGGCCUGCAUCCACACGCUGAUGAAGGCCAUGACGGAGUGCGGCUCGCCCCACCGGGAGAUGAGGAUGAACCCCAAAGCCAUCACGGCCUCGCAGAUGUUCGGCACGCUGGACGUCACCACCAACGACUGGACGGACGGCGUCUUCUCCACGCUGUGGAGGAAAACGCUCAAGGCCAAGAAGGGGGAAUUCAUCUGGAUCGUGCUGGACGGCCCAGUCGACGCCAUCUGGAUCGAGAACCUGAACUCUGUUUUAGACGACAAUAAGACUCUGACUCUGGCGAAUGGAGAUCGGAUCCCCAUGGCGCCCUGCUGCAAGAUUGUCUUUGAGCCUCACAACAUCGACAACGCCUCCCCGGCCACGGUGUCCAGGAACGGGAUGGUGUUCAUGAGCUCCUCGGUGCUCAGCUGGAGCCCCGUCCUGCAGGCCUGGCUCCAGACACUCCCCGAGCAGCAGGCCCACGCCCUCAGGCGCUGCUUCGACUGCUGCUACCAGGAUUUGCUGGACUUUGUCUCCACCGCUGUCUCUCCGAAGAUGCAGGUGCUGGAGUGUAUGUACAUCAGACAGACUAUCGACCUGCUGCAGGGUUUGCUGCCGGCGGCGGAGGAGAAGCAGGGUUGCCAUGGCGACGUGGGUCGACUGUUUGUGUUUGCCGUCAUGUGGUCGCUGGGCGCCCUGCUGGAGCUGGACGACAGAGCGAAGAUGGAGGCCUUCCUGAAGGCCCACAGUUCGUCUCUGGACCUGCCGCAUACUCAGGACGACCAGACCAUCUUUGAGUUCACCGUCAGUGAGCAGGGCGAGUGGGAGCACUGGUCCAAAAAGGUCCCAGAGUACGUCUACCCCAAAGACCAGAUCCCCGACUACUCGUCCAUCCUGGUCCCCAACGUGGACAACGUGCGGACGGACUUCCUGAUGCAGACCAUCGUGAAGCAGAGGAAGGCAGUGCUGCUGAUCGGAGAGCAGGGAACCGCCAAGACCGUCAUGAUCAAAGGCUACACCGGGAAGCUGGACCCAGAGCUCCACCUCAGCAAGACGGUGAACUUCUCCUCGGCCACGCUGCCCGGCAUGUUCCAGAGGACCAUCGAGAGCUACAUCGACAAGCGGAUGGGCAACACCUACGGGCCGCCGGCCGGACGCAGGAUGACCGUGUUCGUGGACGACAUCAACAUGCCCGUCAUCAAUGAGUGGGGGGACCAGAUAACCAAUGAGAUUGUGCGUCAGCUGAUGGAGCAGGGAGGUUUCUACAGUCUGGAUCGACCAGGAGAGUUCAUCUCCGUCGUGGACGUUCAGCUGGUGGCGGCCAUGAUCCACCCCGGCGGCGGUCGGAACGACAUCCCACAGCGUCUCAAGAGGCAGUUCUCCAUCUUUAACUGCACGCUGCCCUCCAACUCCUCCAUCGAUAAGAUCUUCGGCACCGUGGCUCAGGGCUACUUCUGCCCGGAGAGAGGCUUCCCCCCCGACGUGGUCCACCUCGCCGCCGCCCUCGUGCCGACCACCAGGAGGGUGUGGCAGGCUGUGAAGGCCAAGAUGUUACCGUCACCUGCGAAGUUUCACUACAUCUUCAACCUGAGGGACCUCAGCAGAAUCUGGCAGGGAAUCCUGACGGUGAAGUCUGAGGUGUGCCAGAGCCCCGAGCUCCUCUCCGCUCUCUUCCAUCACGAGUGUUGCAGAGUGAUCGCCGACCGGUUUAUCGACGGCAGCGACAGGCAAACGUUCGGCAGCAUCAUGGAGAAGAUCGUAGUGGAGGAUCAUGGGAAAACUCUGACUGAGCACGCUCAGUGGGACAGCUGCUUCGUGGACUUCCUGCGAGACGCUCCGGAGGCGACGGGUGACGAGCCGGAGGACGCUGAGCUGGAGGCUCCGAAGGUGUACGAGCCGAUCCCGUCGCUGGACGCUCUGGCGGAGCGACUGUCGGUUUUCCAGCAGCAGUACAACGAGGCCAUGAGGGGUGGAGCCAUGGACCUGGUCUUCUUCAAGGACGCCAUGACGCACCUGAUGCGGAUCUCGCGGAUCCUGAGGACUCCGCAGGGGAACGCCCUGCUGGUCGGGGUCGGCGGGUCGGGCAAGCAGAGUCUGACCAGGCUGGCCUCAUUUAUCGCCGGAUACCAAACGUUCCAGAUCACGCUGACCAGGUCGUACAGCAGCAGUAACCUUCUGGAGGAUCUGAAGACGUUGUAUCGUAUCGCCGGUCAGCAGGGGAAAGGAGUCACCUUCCUCUUCACCGACAAUGACAUCAAAGAAGAAGCUUUCCUUGAAUACAUGAACAACGUCCUGGCGAGCGGCGAAGUUUCCAACCUGUUCGCUCGUGACGAACUGGACGACAUCACCCAGGAACUGAUCCCCGUCAUGAAGCGUCAGCACCCCCGCCGACCCCCGACCCCCGAGAACCUGUACGACUUCUUCCUGUCCAGGGUGCGGAGCAACCUCCACGUGGUGCUCUGCUUCUCCCCUGUCGGGGAGAAGUUUCGGACUCGGGCCCUGAAGUUCCCCGGCCUGAUCUCGGGCUGCACCGUGGACUGGUUCCAGCGCUGGCCUCGGGACGCCCUCAUCGCCGUGUCACACCACUUCCUGUCCCAGUACCAGGACCUCCGCUGCUCCGAGGACGUCAAGCAGAGCGUGGUGGUUACCAUGGGAACCUUCCAGGAUCUGGUGGCGGAGAAGUGCGCCGAGUAUUUCGAGCGUUUCCGCCGUCAGACGUUCGUGACGCCCAAAUCCUACCUGUCCUUCAUCGACGGCUACAAGAUCAUCUACAGCGAGAAGAUCGCACACGUGGGCACGCUGGCCGAACGCAUGAAGACAGGUCUGUGUAAGCUGAUGGAGGCGGAACAGUCCGUUUCUCAGCUGUCGGAGGAGCUGGUGGUGAAGGAGAAGGAACUCGCCGUCGCCUCCCAGAAGGCGAACGAAGUCCUGCAGGAGGUCACCGUCAAAGCUCAGGCUGCGGAGAAGGUGAAGCAGCAGGUGCAGAAAGUGAAGGAUAAAGCUCAGCUCAUCGUGGACGAGAUAGAGGCCGAUAAAACGGUGGCAGAGUCCAAACUGGAAGCUGCGAAGCCAGCGCUGGAGGCAGCCGAGGCCGCGCUGCAGACCAUUAAACCGGCCGACAUCGCCACUGUGAGGAAGCUGCAGAAGCCUCCACAUCUCAUCAUGAGGAUCAUGGACGCCGUGCUGCUGCUCUUCCAGAGGAAGGUCGACCCGAUGACGGCCGACCCUGAACGACCUUGCCCACGGCCUUCGUGGGGAGAAGCCAUGAAGCUGAUGCAGAACUCUUCCUUCCUGAACAUGCUGCUCAACUUCAGCAAGGACUCCAUCACUGGGGAGGUGGUGGAGCUGCUCGCUCCGUACCUGGACAUGGACGACUACAACAUGGAGUCGGCUAAGAGGAUCUGCGGUAACGUGGCAGGCCUCUGCUCCUGGACUCAGGCCAUGGUCGACUUCUACGCCAUCAAUAAGGAGGUGCUGCCUCUGAAGGCUAACCUGGCUCUGCAGGAAGCCCGUCUGGUCGUCGCUCAGGCUGAACUCGCUAAAGCUCAGGAACAGCUGGACGCCAAACAGCAGGAGCUGGACGCCGUGCAGGCGCUGUACGACGCUGCCAUGAAAGAGAAGCAGGACCUGGAGGACGACGCUCAGGCCUGCCGCCGCAAGAUGUCCAACGCCACGGCUCUGAUCGAUGGGCUUGGAGGCGAGAAGGUUCGCUGGACUGAAAGCAGCGCCGGCUUCCAGACUCAGAUCAAACACCUGGUGGGAGACGUCCUCCUGUCCACGGGCUUCCUGUCCUACGCCGGGCCCUUUAACCAGGAGUACCGCAGCCUGCUGCUGCGGCUGUGGAAGAAAGAGAUGGAGGAGAAGCUCAUCCCGUUCAGUCCGGAUUUGAAUGUGAUCGGCCUGCUGGUGGACAACGCCACCGUGAGUGAGUGGAACCUGCAGGGUUUACCCAGCGACGAUCUGUCCAUCCAGAACGGCAUCGUGGUGACCAAAGCAUCUCGCUACCCGCUGCUCAUCGACCCUCAGGGCCAGGGCAAGACCUGGAUCCAGAACCGAGAGCGAGACCAGCAGCUCCAGGUGACAUCUUUAAAUCAUAAGUAUUUUCGGUCCCACCUGGAGGACAGUCUGUCUCUGGGGCGCCCCCUGCUGCUGGAGGACGUAGGGGAGGAGCUGGACCCCGUCCUGGACAACAUACUGGACAAGAACUACAUCAAGUCUGGAUCCACUUUUAAGGUGAAAGUUGGAGAUAAAGAGGUGGAUGUGAUGAAGGGCUUCACUCUCUACAUCACCACUAAGCUUGCCAACCCGGCGUACAGCCCCGAGAUCAGUGCCAGGACCGCCGUGGUGGACUUCACCGUCACUCAGCGAGGCCUGGAGGACCAGCUGCUGGGACGAGUCAUCCUGCUGGAGAAGCAGGAGCUGGAGGCAGAGAGAGUGAAGCUCCUGGAGGAGGUGACGUCCAACAAGAGGAAGAUGCAGGAGCUGGAGGACAGUCUGCUCUUCAGGCUGACCAGCACUGAGGGGUCCCUGGUGGAGGACCAGUCUCUGAUCGAGGUCCUGAGGAUCACCAAGACCACUGCUCAGGAGGUGAGCGAGAAGCUGUCGGUCGCCGCUGAGACAGAGGUGAAGAUCAACCAGGCCAGGGAGGAGUACCGUCCGGUGGCCACCAGGGGCAGCAUCCUCUACUUCCUGAUCGUGGAGAUGUCCCUGGUGAACGUCAUGUACCAGACGUCGCUGCGACAGUUCCUGGGGCUUUUCGACUCGUCCAUGCAGAAUUCAGCCAAGUCGCAGCUCACAUCCAAACGUAUCGGCAACAUCAUCGCCUUCCUCACCUACCAGGUGUUCUGCUACACGGCCCGAGGUCUGUACGAGGAGCACAAGCUGCUGUUCACGCUGCUGUUAGGGCUGAAGAUCGACCUGCAGGCCCGGAACAUCUCGCACUCCGAGGUGCUCACCUUCAUCAAAGGCGGUGCCUCUCUGGAUUUGAACUCGGUGGAGUCCAAACCGCGGCGCUGGAUCCUGGAUCAGACCUGGCUGAACCUGGUGCAGCUGUCAGCUCUGCCUCCGUUCUCUCAGAUCCUCACGCAGGUGAACCAGAACGAGCGAGCCUGGAGGUCCUGGUUUGAUCACCCCGCCCCGGAAGACGCCCCACUGCCUGAUGGGUACGAAGAGAAGCUGGACACCUUCCGGAAGCUUCUGCUCAUUCGCAGCUGGUGUCCAGACCGAACUAUCGCUCAGGCGCGGCGCUACAUCUCAGAGUCUCUGGGGCAGCAGUAUGCCGAAGGCUUGGUUUUGGACUUGGACGCCAUGCUGGCCGAGAGUGACAGCAGGACGCCGAUGGUCUGCCUGCUGUCGAUGGGCUCUGACCCGACGGAGAACAUCGAGAGACUGGCGAAGAGCAAAGGGGCGCCGUGUCGCCCCAUCUCCAUGGGGCAGGGCCAGGAGGUGCACGCUCGCCGCCUGUUGGCCAACAGCAUGACGGACGGCGGCUGGCUCCUCCUGCAGAACUGCCACCUGGGGCUGAACUUCCUGGACGAGCUGCUGGACACCGUCACCACGGCAACAGAGGAGAGCGUACACAGAGGUUUCCGAGUGUGGCUGACCACCGACGUGCACCCGAGAUUUCCCAUCACAUUCCUUCAGUCCUCCAUCAAGUUCACGAAUGAACCUCCUCUGGGGAUGAAAGCCGGUCUGAAGAGGACGUUCAGCGGCGUCACGCAGGACCAGUUAGAGAUCAGCAACCUGCCUCAGUGGAAGCCGCUGCUGUACGCCGUGGCCUUCCUUCACACCACAGUCCAGGAGCGUCGUAAGUUCGGUCCCCUCGGCUGGAACAUCCCCUACGAGUUCAACCAGGCGGAUUUCACCUCCAGCACGCAGUUUGUCCAGAACCACCUGGACAGCCUGGACGCCAAGAGAGGAGUGAACUGGAGCUGCCUGCGCUACAUGCUGGGUGAGGUCCAGUAUGGCGGCCGGGUGACGGACGACUUGGACAAACGUCUCCUCAACACCUUCACCCACGUGUGGUUCAGCGAGAACACCUUCAGCGACAAGUUCUGCUUCUACAAAGGCUACAGCAUCCCGGCCAGGGCCAAGACCGUCCAGGAGGUCCUGCAGCACGUGGAAGCGCUGCCGCUGGUCGACACGCCCGAGGUUUUUGGGCUGCACCCCAACGCCGACAUCACCUACCAGACCAACCUGGCCAAUGAGACGCUGAGCACCAUCAUCAACAUCCAGCCCAAGGACAGCGGGGGCGGGGCAGGAGAGACCAGGGAGGCCAGCGUUCAGAGGCUGGCCAAUGAGAUGCUAGAGAAACUGCCGCCGGACUACGUGCCGCAUGAGGUCAAAGGUCAGCUACAGAAGAUGGGUCCACUUCAGCCAAUGAACAUCUUCCUUCGUCAAGAAGUGGACCGCAUGCAGCGAGUCAUCAGCAUCGUACGGAGCACGCUCACCGACCUCAAACUGGCCAUCGACGGAACCAUCAUCAUGUCGGAGGACCUGCGGGACGCCCUGGACUGCAUGUUCGAUGCGCGGAUCCCUCGCCUGUGGCUGCGGCUCAGCUGGCCGUCGGCCACGCUGGGCUUCUGGUUCAGCGAGCUGCUGGAGAGGAACCAGCAGCUCAGCGUCUGGAUCGGCGCCGGCCGGCCCAACCAGUUCUGGCUCACCGGCUUCUUCAACCCGCAGGGUUUUUUAACCGCCAUGCGUCAGGAGACCACCCGCUGCAACCUGUCGAAAGGCUGGGCGCUGGACACCGUCGCCCUGAGCAACGACGUCACCAAGAUGAUGAGGGAGGACGUGUCAGCCCCGCCCCCUGAGGAUGUGGGCGGAGUCUAUAUCUACGGCCUCUUCCUGGAUGGAGCCGGAUGGGACCGACGAGGAGCCCGGCUCACUGAGGCCCCGCCAAAGGCGCUCUUCACCCCUCUCCCGGUAGUCCACGUGUACGCCGUCAGCUCGGCCGGGGGUGGUGACAGUAAGCGGCCCGGCGGCGGCGGCGGCGGCGGCGGGGCGCUCAGCCUGUACUCGUGUCCGGUUUACAAGAAGCCGCGGCGCACCGACCUGAACUUCAUCUUCUCGCUGCAGCUGCGCAGCGUCCAGCCGGCCGAGCACUGGACGCUGAGGGGGGCGGCGCUGCUCUGUGACUGCAAGUAACCAAACCACCACU